AUGUUAACUGCCUACGCCCUGUUUAUUACAGUACAAAUGACUUGUGCGAAGCAUCAACACCUUGCGUGGCUUGCCAUGGCUCCAGUCGACCCGACAUAUCCUCUCUACCCCAUCGUUAGCAUUCUGUCUUCAGUAAUGCUGCUCCUCGUACUUUUGACAAGUUUCAUCCGCCAAAGCUGGAACCUUGGUGUCGCAUUCUUGUGCUUCGGGAUCUUUUUCGAGAACCUGGCUACUGGUCUCAACGCUAUCAUCUGGUCUGAUAACGCUGAUAUCAAACUCUACGCUUAUUGUGAUAUUGUCUCGCAUCUCACCAUAUUCACUUAUGUCGUCAAACCCAUGGCGACCCUACUUAUCACCCGUCGAUUGUACUUGAUCGCCCGCAUGCAGACCAUAGACCCCCCGGAUAGAGCGGCGAAACGCAAAGAACUCGCAAUAGAGUGGACUCUUGGUUUGGUAAUUCCUCUCGUCGUUGCAGGACCGCUCUACUACAUAGUUCAGUGGCCGCGAUUUUCUGUCGAAGAGGGUUUCGGGUGUGAUAACUCUACCGACGGUUCAAUCCUUGGAAUAUUGCUCCUCAAUUCAUGGAAUGUGAUCUCUCCGCUGGUUUCCAUCACCGUCUACUAUCCUCAUGUUGCUCGGAUCUUUUAUCGCCAAAGUCGGGACAUCAACCAUUUUCUACGGAGUAACGGUUCUGUGUCCCGCACUAGCUACUUGCGCAUACUCGCUCUCUCUAGCAUCGACAUCCUGAUCACUUUGCCCGUAGGCAUCGGGGAUAUCGUCUUGGAUUGGCAGCCGAUAAGCUUUUCCUACGCAGAGUCAGGGACUGCUGACCUAGCAGGGAAAUACUUCAACCAAUGGACAUCACCUAUCCUUGCAUUCGUCAUCUUCGCCCUCUUCGGCGUCACAUCAGAAGCUCGCGCGUCGUACUGGCGUGUCAUUUGCACCAUUGGCGGCUGGUUCGGCUGGAAACCGACCUCUCGUGCGAGCAGGGCGCGUUCACUGCUGGAGGAUAUCGAGUUCAGCGAACGGCCGGCUCAGAACUCCAUGUCGCUCGGUCUUGAAUCGAGUCCGAGCCUCAUCCAUCCCGACGCACACGCACGAGAGCGUACCCCGGGCGAGGUCGAGAGUGGCUUGGACAUUGAGAUCGAGGAAGACGUUCUUCGGGUCACUGAUAACUCAGUGAGAGAUGCUGAGCAUCAGCCUGAAGAUCAGGAGUCGCUUCGUGCCGAAGCGGUAGACGCCUCGAGUGCCGUGUGA